ACACUGCUUUCAAUUGAUUAUUGCUUUUCAUUAAUAAUUUGAUAACAAAUUGUUUUAAUAUUUGUUUACUUUAUUUGAAUUGAUAUUAAUUUUUUGAGUUUUUCUCGUCUUUUAAAUAGUUUUUUAGAUUUUUAAACAAUUUAUUUACAACUUUAUUAUACAUGAUAUUAAAAGUGAUAUUAUUUGUAAUGUUUGUUAUAUUUAUAUAAUUGUCUAUUAAUUACAAGUUUAGAUGCCAUUGAAUACACAUUUAGUGACUAUUUGUUAACAAUAAUAGACAUUAUGUUUGAAACCAAUGUAUAGUAACGGCAAUGAAAACCAAAGACUAGUCAUUAAUGCCAUUCAAGACACCAAUCAUUGAAUCUUUAAGUGAAUUGUCGGCCAAAAUGUGGACUAAAUGAACGCCAAACUCAUAAAUGAACGCCUAUUUUGACACAAAACUCUUUUAUUAGACCUCUAUUUGCCAAUUGAUGAGCACCUGAGCGGCCAAACAGCCGUUGGACAGCAUUAUGGCGUGCAAGUCAGUGACCAAGCUCAUCCCCGCCACCUGUGCCUGGAUUCUACUCCUGUCGGCCACCACUGCAUUCUUCCUCUUCCCUUGUCUAUACCUUCAAAACGCGUAUCACUUAUCGGUAACCAUAAGUCAGGGAAUAAUCACUUUUUUCGUGAUUUCCAACUUUUUUUUGGCCACUUUUAUGGAUCCGGGAAUCAUAAAGAAAGAUGAGGACAAAGACGACGACUUUCGUGCGCCGCUCUAUAAGAACGUGGAGAUCAAUGGCAUAACUGUGCGGAUGAAAUGGUGCGUCACGUGUCAGUUCUAUCGACCACCGCGUUGUUCCCAUUGUAGUGUUUGCAACACUUGCAUUGAACCAGCUGCGUUAAUGUCCGUGAAGAAGAAAAAGGAGUAUAAGGAAUCUCUCGUAUUACUCGCUAUAAUUGCAUUACUAUUUAUACCAAUCAUUGGUUUAACGGGAUUUCAUAUCAUUUUGGUGGCCAGAGGUCGCACCACAAACGAACAGGUGACCGGUAAGUUUCAAGGAGGGUAUAACCCAUUUUCGAGAGGCUGUUGGUCUAACUGUUGUUACACACUGUGCGGUCCGCGCUUUCCCAGCAAAAGUGCGGCCAAGAAGAAGAGCUCAUUGGCUCACUUCCAUCAAUACAAUUCAUUGAGUGCUUCUGCAGCAACAGGUGCUGACAAUUCAGUUAAGGUUUAUAUGGAUAGCACUAAUUCAAUGUUUGUUCAUAACUCAAUGCGUCCCAACAACUCAUCCCAUUCUCAGAACUAUAACCGAAAGACAAAUAGUGCCUGUCCAAACGAUGGCAUAUCAUUAGAAAGAAUAGAGUCUUCAUCUCAAAGCCAAUCGCGUGAUUGCGAACCCUCUCCGCCGGCGCACAGAAACCAUAUGAACUCAUCAAUGAGUCCCCAAUUUAAGCCAUACCCUCAUAAUAUGAGUGGACAAAUGGCUUAUCAUGAUUACAAUAAACCACAGUUUAAUAAUGCAGACAAUAAUCAUUCGAUUACUAUGAGAAGAAACGAAAAUGGCAAAAAAGAGACAACUUUUUCUGUCUCUGGAGAUGAAUGCUAUAACGAGAAGCCAACUCUUGGCAAUCAAUACAAUAGUCAAAGAGCUUUUUCUCCGACGAGCAGCGGCUCAAACACUGAUAGAUUUACUCAAAGUCAAAGCCGAUCAAUGACUCCGGGCGGAGGGCCGGGAGGAAUGAGACAGUCUCCCAAUAGUGAGGACAACCGGCAGAGUCAGUACGAAAUGAAUUACGAGAUCUCUGUCUGA